AUUUGUACUCAACUUUGAUGCGAGUUACUUUACACAGCAAAAAUAUCAAACUUGACAGAUCUUUUACACUCAGUGUCUAUGUCUCGCUGUUGUUUAUAUGUUCUGUUUAAAUGCAAGAAAUAGAAAUUAUGUGAGACUUCAUUAAUGACAAAAACUUAUUAAGGCUCAAAGAAUGCGAAAUGAAAUGCAAAAGUGAAGACAAGACAACAGUUGGAGUUUUACUGGAUCUAUUUUAUUUAAAAUAGAUCCGUUUUACUUUGUAUUUUGAUAUUUUGGUGUUAGGAUCCCUUUAUCAGGACGCGUAGAGAAAUCGGAGAUGAAAUAAAGCUAUCACUGUCGUUCAGAUAUGUGGGAGAGGACACCAUGUAAAAAUCCAAAUACAAUUGCGUACGAUUUCAAUGAAACUUCAACACUUAUGAGCAUCAGUCCAAAACAUAUAGAAAUUAUUUUAAAAGAGAAUAGUGAAAAUUCUGAAAUCACACCCUUAAAAGAAGCUUUACAUAACCAGAGUGAUCUGAUUCCAAAUAAAUAUGAAGGUGGACUUCAGAUUUGGGAAUGCAGCAUAGAUCUUACAAAAUAUAUAAGUAAUGAAACGCUUUCUGGAUCAUCAGUAGCUGAGAUUGGUUGUGGUGCAGGAUUACCAGGACUGUGUGCACUGAAAAAAGGUGCUAGCACUGUACUCUUCCAAGAUUUUAACAGUGAAGUGCUCACCAAAUUAACGCUUCCAAACAUUUUGCUCAAUUGCUAUGAAGAAAGAGAAAGAUGUUAUCUUUUUAGUGGAGGCUGGGGUAGCCUUCCACAAGCUGUUACUCAUUCUACCAUUUCUCUGCAGAAGUUUGACAUAAUAUUGACUGCAGAAACAAUUUACAACACCAAAAAUUACCAGAAACUGAUCAACAUAUUUGAUUUCUUACUAAAAGAAAAUGGUUACAUUCUAAUCGCUGCCAAAAACUACUAUUUUGGUGUUGGAGGUGGAACUAGACAGUUUGAAGAAUCACUGAAAGAGGAUGGCCGUUUUACAUCCUCUGUUUGCUGGACAAAAGCUGAUGGGCUCUCCCGUGAAAUCAUCUGUGCUCAGCGAAAGAAAACUUAAUUGUAUUAAAGCUAUAAUUCUAAAAAGUUGUUUGUUAUGUUUUAAAAGAAGGAAUGAUGAGUAAUUGAAAUCUUUUACUCUUCAUCAGUCAUAAGACUGUGGUCAUGCUGGGACACUGCCUUGAAGAAUUUUCUUAGUUGAAUGAAUUUCGACCCCAGUACUUACAUUUUUUUAAAGCCUGGUAUUUAUUCUAUCAAUCUAUUUUGCUGAACCACUAAGUUACUGGUUGUCAAGCAGUGGUAGGGGACAAACACAGACACAAAGACACACACACAUACAAUGGACUUCUUUCAGUUUCCAUCUACCAAAUCCACUCAAGGCUUUGAUCAGUUCAACACUAUAGAAGACAUCUACUCAAGAUACCACGCAGUGGGACUGAACUUAGGACCAUAUUGAUGGGAAGCAAGCUUCUUACCACAUAACCACACCUGCACCUACAUAUUGAUGAAUUUUAAAAUUCACAUCUAUAUCAUCAAAACCUUAUUAUACAUGAUGGCUUUAAUUUACACUAGGUAUGGGUGACCAUUUUUGAGAAGCAAUUUGAAUGAGAUAUCAGGUGGGCUGCACUACUUAAAAAAUUCAAGGUAAUAAGGACUUGGAAAACUGGGCUUGAGUGAAAUGAUGUGAAUGCAGCAAAAAUUGAAGUAGUAAUUAGUAAUGGUGUUAACUAAAGUCUGUUUCUACCAUUUGGAUGGUUUGGUGAUUUUUAAUUGAUAUGCAGUAUCAUCAAAAUAUUAAAUCAGACCAAAUGAUAAAAUCACAAAAGGCACAGUUGGAUCUUUAGCUGUUAAUGCUGAAUGGUAUCUGGUUGUUGAAAUUGUCACUCAACUUACUCUGACCCAUGCAAGCAUGGAAAAGUGGAUGUUAAAAUGAUGAUGUUUGGUUUUCUUUAAUCACCUCUACUGAUAAUAAUAGUUUCAAGUUUUGGCUCAAAGCCAUCAAUUUCAGAGGAGGGGAUAGUUGAUUAUAUCAACCUAAGUCCUCAACUGGUAUUUGUUUUAUUGACUCAGAAAGGAUGAAAGGUGAAGUCGACUUUGGCAGGAUUUGAACUCUGAAUGUAAAGGUGGACAAAAUGCUGCUAAGCAUUUUGCUCCAUGUGCUAACAAUUCUACCAGCUCACUGCCUUACUUCUACUGAUAAUAAUAAUGCAAGAACCAGUAAUAUAUUUGGAUUAAAAUAGUCACAACACCGUUUUCCCCAUUGAAAAAUACAUUCUGCUUGAUAAAGACAAUGUAGUUCAUAUUUUAAAUCUUUAAAUCAUGAGAGAUAAUA